CACCCUAGUGCACUACUCCUACAGGCACUAGUAUGGAGUGAUUCAGGAUUGGUCCCUACCAGCUGUCGUCACCAUACAGAGAGCUGAUCAUUAAAUCUGGUAUCUUCUGCAUAACUGCUGUUUAUCAGCUAAAAUACAAUACAACAACAUGGCUGGCAGGAUGAUGAGCGCGGCGCGAUGUCCGACUGACGAACUCUCGCUGACCAACUGUGUGGUCGCCAGUGAGAAAGAUUACAAGUCCGGACAGCAUGUGAUGAUCAGGACCACGCCCACACACAAGUAUGUGUUCACUGUGAGGACGCAUCACAGUGUGGUGCCUGGAACCCUCGCAUUCAGCUUACCCCAGAGGAAAUGGGCAGGUCUCUCUCUUAAUCAAGAUGUGGAAGUCAGCAAUUACAGCUUUGACUCAUCAAAGCAAUACAUUGGGACCAUGACUCUGGAAAUCGACUUCUUGCAGAAGAAGAAUGCAGACAGCAACUCGUACGACUCGGACAAGAUGGCCAUCGAGUUUAUCCAGAAUUUUAACUCGCAGGCAUUCUGCUCUGGACAACAGUGCGUGUUCAGCUUCUGUGACAAGCUCUUUUUGCUGGUAGUCCAAAGCAUUGAGGCGAUGGACCCCAGCAUACUGAAGGGUGAGCGGAGCUCCAGCAAGAAGAACAAGAUUGAGGUGGGCUUGUUGCACGGAAACAGUCAGGUGAUUUUUGAGAAGGCAGAGAGCUCCUCAAUCUGCCUGAUUGGUAAGGCAAAAUCUCGAGGUGCACGACAGUCCAUCAUUAACCCUGACUGGAACUUCGAGCGAAUGGGAAUAGGAGGCCUGGACAAGGAAUUCUCUGACAUCUUCCGCCGAGCCUUCGCCUCUCGGGUUUUCCCUCCGGACAUCGUGGAGCAGAUGGGUUGUAAGCACGUUAAGGGUAUUCUGCUCUUCGGGCCUCCUGGCUGCGGUAAGACCCUGAUGGCACGUCAGAUUGGGAAGAUGUUAAACGCCCGAGAGCCAAAGGUGGUCAACGGCCCUGAGAUCCUCAACAAGUAUGUGGGUGAGUCGGAGGCCAACAUCAGGAAGCUGUUUGCUGAUGCAGAGGAUGAGCAGAAGAGGCUGGGAGCAAAUAGUGGACUCCACAUCAUCAUCUUUGAUGAGAUUGAUGCCAUUUGCAAGCAGAGAGGCAGCAUGGCAGGCAGCACCGGCGUCCACGACACUGUCGUCAAUCAACUGCUGUCCAAGAUCGACGGUGUGGAGCAGCUCAACAACAUCCUGGUUAUAGGCAUGACCAAUCGACCUGACCUCAUAGAUGAAGCUCUUCUCAGACCUGGAAGACUAGAGGUCAAGAUGGAGAUUGGUCUGCCGGACGAGACGGGUCGUGUCCAGAUCCUAAACAUCCACACAGCCAAAAUGAGGCAGGCUGAAAUGUUGGCAAGUGAUGUAGAAAUUAAGGAGCUGGCCAUCGAGACCAAGAACUACAGCGGUGCGGAGUUAGAGGGACUUGUCCGAGCGGCGCAGUCCACUGCCAUGAACCGUCACAUCAAGGCCAGUAAUCAGGUGGAGGUGGACACGGAAAAGGCCCAAUCGCUGCAGGUCAGCCGGAGUGACUUCUGGGCAGCACUGAAUAACGACAUCAAACCCGCAUUCGGCACCAAUCAGGAGGACUACUCCAGCUACAUCCUGAACGGCAUUGUGAAGUGGAGUAACGCCGUGUCAGAAAUCCUGGGAGACGGAGAGCUGCUGGUGCAACAGACACAGAAUAGCGAACGCACACCACUAGUAACAGUGCUGCUUGAGGGUCCAGCUCACAGCGGUAAGACCGCACUGGCAGCUAAAAUCGCAGAGGAGUCGGAGUUCCCAUUCAUUAAAAUCUGCUCUCCAGACAAGAUGAUCGGCCAUUCGGAGAUCGCCAAGUGCCAGGCCAUCAAGAAGAUAUUCGAUGAUGCCUAUAAGUCUCAGCUGAGCUGCGUGGUAGUGGAUGAUAUCGAGCGGCUCCUGGACUAUGUUCCGAUCGGACCUCGUUUCUCAAACUCGGUUCUUCAGGCCCUGCUGGUGCUGCUGAAGAAGUUGCCUCCUCGUGGUCGUAAAUUGCUGAUCAUUGGCACCACCAGCCGUAAGGACGUGCUGCAGGAGAUGGGCAUGUUGGACGCAUUCAGCACAACCAUCCACAUCCCCAACAUCUCCAAAGCAGAACAUCUGAUGGAGGCACUUGAGCUGCUGGGAGGCUUCCAGGAAGAUGAACGUGCCCAAAUUGCUAAAGAAGUAAGGGGCAAAAGAGUAUGGCUCGGCAUUAAGAAGCUUCAGAUGCUCAUUGAGAUGUCCCUGCAGAUGCCUCCUGAACACAGAGUAAGGAAGUUUUUGGCGUUGCUGGCAGAAGAGGGUGCGCACAUCAUGACAUGCUGAUGUGGAAUCGACACCGUCUCUCCCAACACUUUAGUGGUUAGCAACUCCACUACACACAGACACUGGUGUGUACGGACCCUCUGUGAAGAUCAUUGCUGCGGUGGUUAAGGGUUCUAACACUCCCAUAGAAACUGGACUUUGUGUGUGUGUGUGUAAAUAUGGUAUACUGAUGUUGAUGUGUAUAUUAUUUUCCUACACAUUAAACAUUCCUGUUUAAACUAAAGUGAUGCCUUAGUCUUAAUGCCAUUCACAAAGUUUUGGAAAUUUUUUUUUUAAUUACAGCUAGGUUUAUACUGUUUGAAUGAAGGCCAUCUUGAAUUUUCCUAAUUUAAACCUCAUGGUGGACGGCCUGUGAAGUAAAACAAUAUUGUUAUCCCUAUGAUAUUGCAUUGUCACGUAGCUCCUGAAGCUCCUGUAGCUCCUGUAGGGACAUAAAAAGAGAAAAUAUAUAAAGGAAAAUUUGUCUUUUUAUUUUUCGCAAAAUAUUUGUGAAAAUUAAAAACAUGACUUGACACAAGAAAGUACAGUAAAUCAAGGUCAGUGUGAGAAGAGGCGUUGCUAGGCAAUUUCUAAAAAUCUAUGAUUUGGUAAAUAUAUAAAAAGAGCAAUUAACAAUCUGUUAGCAAGCCUAUGGUAGAAUAGGUUUGGUCAUCAUACGUCCUGUCUUUUUUUUUUUUUUUUUUAUCAAAAUUGAGUUCUGCGCUAUGAUUGGUUACAAGAAUUCGAUCUCUACGAUUGGUUAGAUCUUCACUGUAUGUGAAAUGCAAGCCAAUUCUAGAGCAAGUCACCUACUUGCUUGUGCUAUGUCAGAAAUGUUAAUUUAUUAUAAAAUCUCAUUAUCAGUCUAAAACAGUUUUGCCAUUUAUAUCCUUUUUUAUUUUUUCAUUAUUAUUUUUUGCCGGUUAACAUUAAGAAUUUAUUUUACUAGGGUGAUUACUUGUCUAGCAAAUAAAGAAUGAUCUAAAGAUUCUGCAAAACCUAUUUUUUUUUCUUCAAGCAUUUUUUUUUAUUCUCCCAUGUCUCUUUAGACCUUGAGUACCUUUGCGACAAUAUUCAGUGACGUUUUUUGUAAGCGAUAUUGUUUUACCAGACCAGCGAAUCAUUCUGCAUUUUUACUUGCUUAGUUAAAAUUGUUUAUUACAACUGUAAAAUACACUUUUUUGUUGUUGUUUUGUUUUUUUGUUUUCUCCUUUCCAGCAUCCACAGUGUAAAUGUCUUUCCAAACAAUGAGAUCCAGAAUGGGUUUUGUUUAACACAGUCGACUGUAUGGCACUAUGUAAGGUAUCAUUAAAUUGUGUUCACAAAUUCCCAGGAUGUUGGAUGUUUAAAGUUCAAGUUUUUAAACUUUUUACCCUUUAUUAAAGCUCUGUGAAAAACUGGAAA